AUGGCGCCUUUGAUGACCCUUGUCGAUGGGGACUUUCAGCAGACGACGCCACAGGGAUGCUGCCUGCUUGAGAGCAGUGCGGAGCGGCGGCAGCAGCAGGAAAAAGCGAAUGUUCACUCAGCUGAGGCGGCCAUUAUCACAGAUGCUCUGAGGAUGGUGCUAGGGGUGGUUAAGUGGAAUCUGUUUCUAGAGAGAAGAUUUGAAUUGAGGAUGGUGAUCUUUGUGUUGUUGAAGCUUUUCCUUUCUAAUUGCAAGAUAUGCCAGGCUCAUGUUGUUCAGUGCAAGAUCAGAGAUCCACACCCUCCACUUCAACAGUAUUGUCAGUCAGGAGACAUCUUUGUUGGUGGGGUUGUUUCUCUCAGCUUCAACAUCAAUCCAGUAGAAUUCGAGGAAUAUACUCAGCUGGCACUGUUUGAAGACCUUAUAGUUGUUCCUCAGAAUUACCAACACAUUGUUGCAAUGGCCUUUGCAGUAAAGGAGAUCAAUGAAAACCCUCAGAUAUUACCCAAUUUCUCCUUGGGCUUCCACAUCUAUGACAGCUAUUUCAAUGGAAGGUGGACCUUUGGUGCCACAAUGCGACUUACAUCUUCACAAGGCCAAUUUGUUCCCAACUACAAAUGUGACACCCGGGAUAACCUGGUAGCGGUCAUUGGAGGCCUGGACAGUGACAUUUCACUUCAUGUUGCAACUAUACUGGGCACCUACAAGGUUCCUCAGCUCCAUGACUUCCUCAGAGGGAUUGCAUUUAACGACAGCACUGGCAACAAAGUUUCAUUGAACGAGAAUGGGGAAUUGGUAGCUGGAUAUGACAUUAUGAAUUGGGUAAUUUCCUCAAACCGAUCCUUUCAUAGGGUGAAGGUAGGGAGAAUGGAUGCCCAGACUGCUCCAGAAUGUGCAUUCACCAUCAAUGAGGAAAUUAUAACAUGGCCGAGCUGGUUCAACCAGGUGCAGCCCAUUUCUGUGUGCAGUGCCAGCUGCCAUCCUGGCUACAGCAAGCGAGUGAAGGAGGGAGAGCAAUAUUGCUGCUAUGACUGCAUCCCAUGUCCAGAAGGAAAGAUCUCUGACCAGAAGGACUCGAAUGACUGCUAUCAAUGCCCGGAUGAAAAAUUUCCAAGUGAAACCCAAGAUUUUUGUAUUUCCAAGUACAUCACCUUCUUGUCUUAUGAAGAACCUUUGGGACUUAGCUUAGCCGUUUUUGCGCUUUCUCUCUCUGUGAUCACAGCUGUGGUGCUGGGAACAUUCAUAAAGCACCACAACACUCCAAUUGUCAAAGCCAACAACCGGAGCCUCACCUACGCUCUCCUGGUCUCUCUUCUGCUGUGUUUCCUUUGUACGUUGCUAUUCAUUGGCCAGCCAGCGAUGGUGACCUGCCUGCUGCGCCAGACAGCUUUUGGCACCAUCUUCUCCGUGGCUAUUUCUUGCAUUCUGGCCAAGACCAUCACUGUGGUUCUGGCUUUCAUGGCUACCAAACCAGGAAGCAGGUUAAGGAAAUGGGUGGGGAAAAGACUGGCCAGCUCCAUUGUUCUUUCCUGCUCCCUUGUCCAAGGAGGACUUUGUGCUGUGUGGCUGGCAACCUCUCCUCCAUUCCCAGAUGUUGACAUGCACUUAGUAACUGAAGAAAUCAUCCUGGAAUGUAAUGAAGGAUCCUUGAUUCUGUUUUACUUCACAUUGGGUUACAUGGGUUUCCUGGCCAUUGCUAGUUUCAUUGUGGCUUUCCUUGCCAGGAAGCUACCUGAUACUUUCAAUGAAACCAAAUUUAUAACCUUCAGCAUGUUGGUCUUUUGUUCUGUUUGGUUAUCCUUUGUUCCAACCUACUUGAGCACGAAGGGAAAAUACAUGGUAGCUGUUGAGAUCUUCUCUAUCUUAACUUCCAGUGCUGGUUUGCUUAGUUUAAUUUUUACCCCUAAAUGCUACAUAAUUUGGCUGAGGCCUGAGUUAAACAACAGGGAAGGAUUAAUGCGAGCAAAAAGUCAAAGUGCACAACUGUAAUGUCCUUUGUCCGGUAAUGAUGAGUUAUGUUUGGUCACCUGGGAAUGUUUCUGAGGGUUUUCCUCUCAGUUGGUACCCAUCAAAAACCUUCACA